UUUGCAAUAUAUUUCAGUGCUAACACACCAAUUUUUCAAAACUUCCGGCUUGGUUCAUUUUUUUUUUCGUUGGCAGACGCGUCUACAUGAAUUCCAUCAGGCAGUUUCUCUUCAUAAUUUUUAGAUACUUUUAUACCAUGCCCCAUAUAUCGGUCGUUCCACAUAUUGUUGGUGAUGACGAUUCCGUGUCUAUUGAUGAAAACAAGAGUUCCAAUUCGCCCAAUCCCAAGUCUCCAAGUCAUUCAGAGACUUCUUAUGUCUCUUAUGAAGGAACGGAAGCUGGAACUGACGAAGAUGUGACUAUGGACAGCUAUGAUGGAGCCGACUGGUCAAUGAUAGUCAGCCACAUCGCACGAACUCCCGAGCGCGAGUCAAGCCCUAAUCCAGAUGAUUUGGAAGUUGGCAGCACAGUUUCUUCUGUUAAGGAUGAGGAACUUCCCUCAGGUUCCCAAUGCACCACUCCGGUACUGCCGCCUAAACUACGCUUUCGAAAGAGGAUGAACGAGUCACAGCCCUAUCCAUCCGUAUCCGAUCUUCGUCGCAAUUGUGCCUCGAAAGCGGAUUAUUCUUUCCCGACAACCAUUGGCGGACGUGUAGCUCGGCGAGGACGGCGAAGCAUUUCUACUAUUCAUUCCCCUGAAGGGGAUUCAGUGGCUGAGCCUCUGGCUAAACCAAUGGAGGUCACCGCAUAUUUUCAUAAGGUGUCGUCGGAUCUAGUCCAGAAACGGGUCAGCGCUGAAGCCUUCAAGUCUUUGCGAGAGCAACUUGAUCGCUUGUUGGAGCAACAUUCGAAUUCAUCGAAGACUUUGCGCAAACGUUCUUUUUAA